AUGAAUGAAAACACUCAGGACAAAGAGUUGCUGAAGCACAUUGAGAGGGAGGUGCGGAUGCGGGAGGGGGCCAGUAAGCUGCUGGCCGCCUGUUCCCAAAGAGAGCAGGCCCUGGAGGCCUCAAAGAGCCUGCUCACCUGUAACGCUCGAAUCCUCGCCCUGCUCAGCCAACUGCAGGAGAUGAGGAAAGCUCAAAUCCUACGGAGAGAAGGACGCAGGUCAUCUGAAGACUCGGUGCCAUGUACCGGAAAAGUCGCCCUGUCAGACCUUCGGGUCCCGCUCAUGUGGAAAGACUCAGAGUACUUCAAAAACAAAGGAGAGCUGCAUCGUUGUGCCGUGUUCUGCCUGCUUCAGUGUGGCACUGAGAUCUAUGACACCGGCCUGGUGAUGGUGGACAGGACUUUGACUGACAUCUGUUUUGAUGACACUAUCUUAUUCACUGAGGUGGAUCCAGGCUUCCAUCUCCGCGUUGAGCUCUACAGCAGUUGUGUGGUGGAGGACUUCUCCCCCGGGGCUCUAGGACCCAGGAGAGUGACCCGUCUGGGGGGCUCUCUGGGAUGCUCCUCUGGGAAAAAGAUCCGUGCUGCGUUUGAGUCUGCAGCUGUUUGUGGGUCUGUUUCCAGUGGAGGAGACGUACGCCAGGGGUAUUUGUCCCCACUUUUAUCCACUCAUCCGGCCCUGAAGUACAACCUGCUGGCUCACACAACAUUGAGAAUCGAACAUGUGCUGGAGGGUUUCAAGACUCAUGAUUUGUCCUUAGCAGCAGCAGAGGAUAGUCCGUACUGGUUGCCUCUCUAUGGAAAUAUGUGCUGCCGCUUGGUUGCUCAGCCUCUGUGCAUGAUUCAACCAGUCAUAAGUGGUCAACUCGAUGUUAAGCUUGGAGAGGACCUCGAUUGCUGGGAAAACGUCUAUGGCGUCCUCAGGGGGCAAAGUCUCCUCUGCUAUCAGAGUGAAGAAGACCUGGAGUCCGAGGAGAAGCCAUUACUCACGAUCCCCAUCAAAAAGGAUACACUUGUCUGUUCGUUGGAGAGAGAUGCUGUUCAUACCCAGAGAAUAUACGUGACCCCACAGUGUCAAGGAGAAGAUGUAUCCUACACGCUUACCCCGCACAUACCUGAAGACACGCAGCGCUGGAAUGAGGCCCUGUGGCAACACAUCUAUAACAUAAGCCAGUGGAAGCAGUGUUGUCAUCACCUCAUGAAGAUUGAAAUGCCGAGCCCCAGGAAAUCCAUCGCAGUGAGGCAGGGAUCGCUAUACCAUGAAAUAGUGACACCGUCGUCUCCUUGUGAGGGUCUCGUGGCUCCGGAUUUAUCUGUAGAGAUCCGCACUUUGCUCUCUUCCUACUACAAGGAAAGUUAUUGAUGACCCUACCACUGGAGGAGUGAGAAUCCGUUCUAUGUGGUUACCAUGCCUGGUCAAGGAAACGUGCGUGGACUUGAUAAAUGGUGCCAUCUCUGAAUCUGCAGAGGACGAAUCAGAACUCAGUGUAACAUCAGAUAUUUUUCAUUGCUCUUCCAUGAAUCUUAACUGUUUACCCAACCCACGAAAUAAGUAGAAAAAGGAAUGAAGAGCGUGAGUCUGAAAUUGGAAAAGAAAACAAUAGAUGGAUCAUUUAUUUGUUUAAUACAUAUUUAUUUAAUGCUAAACAACAUUUGAAUCCAAGCAUGUAAUGUUUUCUCAUGGUGUCAUAUUUUUCAAAUGAAUGAUGUAGUAACACAUGUACAGUAUAUUUUCAGUCAACAUAAAUCCAUCUAUUACCUCACUUGACAGCUACUCGUUAAUAAUUUCAUGCUAAAAUCACAGAAGCAGUUUUCCCCACUUUCAUCUUUCUCAUAUUUGAACAAUAUCAAAAUGUUCACUGUAGUCAUUUUUAUUGUGUCUAAUUCUUUAAAAGUACUGACACAUACAGUACUGUAUAUUUGUAAACAACUACCUGAUUGUUCCAAUUAUUCUUAAGUUUGUGUUGUUAUAUUUGAACAUUUAUUAAAGU